CUUUGGUUGUUCGCUCUUAGCUGUACAAAGCCCUUCUCUUCUUCGUCUGUAAUUUCAGCAGACAAAUCUCUCUUUUCUCCAUCUCUCUUCCCCCUUUCCCUUUCUCCUCCCUCUGCUUUCGCUGUUGAUAAUUGAAUUGCAGAGCGGCUGAGGUGUUUCAAGGGGGUGAAGAAGGAAUCGUGGACUCGUCGAUCUUCGAGUUGAAGUCAGCCAUCCGCACAAGUCUUGACCGGAGAAGAAACUCUCCUCGUCGGCAGUAGUCAGUUAGGCGGUGGGGAGAUGGCGAGUCGAGUUAAAGAGGACGAGAAGAAUGAGAGAAUUAUCAGGGGACUUCUCAAACUUCAGGAGAAUCGGAGAUGCAUCAACUGCAACAGUCUGGGACCGCAAUAUGUUUGCACAAAUUUCUCGACAUUUGUCUGCACUACCUGUAGUGGAAUUCAUCGGGAGUUUACUCACAGAGUGAAAUCAAUAUCAAUGGCUAAAUUUACCCCCCAAGAAGUUGGUGCACUUCAGGAAGGUGGAAACAAGAUCUUGCAUGUUAUUUAUUAUUAUUGUUCUGAUUUCCUUCCCAUUUUUUUCUUUGGUGGCAGUAAUGUUGAUAGACUUCGGGACUUUAUCAAACACGUGUAUGUUGAUAAAAGGUACACGGGUGAUAAGAACUAUGGCAAACCUCCAAUUAUGAAGACGGUUAAAUCUGUACAGGCUGACAGAGAGGAUGUAGGGUCCCGGAGUCCACCAUAUGAGGAUGUGUAUGACCGCCGUUCCAAUGAAAGGUCUAGUCCAGGUGGAAGAAGUGACGACAAAAACUACAGAUAUGGUUAUGACGAGAGGAGAAGCCCUGGAUAUGAUCAAGAAGGUAGACAUUACAGUGAUUACAGGAAAAGUCCCGCUCGACCAGAGAUUAUCAACGAUUGGCGUCGGGAGGAUAGAUUUGGAAAUGGAAGGAAAGGUGAGGACCAUAGAGUAUCUGAUGGAGAUUCAAAACUGAGUGGCAGGUCACCAGAGCGGCCAAAUGAUGUUGGGGGAACUAGUCCCCCGGUUGUACGGCCCGUUCGAGAAAUUUUGGGUGAUAGUGUAGUGCCUCUUCGUAUAAGUGAACCACCUAAAGCUAAUGCAGUAAGGGCUGCUGAUGGCUUUGUGGCGACACAGAGAACUGCCUCUUCAAGCAGCCUCAGCUCUACAACUGAGGCCCCUGCGGAAGUAAAAGUAGAACCCGCGCCAAGCUUAAUCGAUUUUGAUUCUGAUCCCGCACCCACUGCUGCUGCGGCUGCUCCCCAAGCACAACAGACAACUUCAACUCAACCUGCUGCACCAACUUUAGCUGCCAGCAAUGACAAUAACUGGGCGUCUUUUGAUUUCGCCCCUGCUCCUAAAGCUUCUGAAGCUCCUGCAAAUGCCAGUCCACUGGAUUCUGUUUUGUCUCAGUUGUCAGCUACGCCAUCUGUACCUGGUCCUAGUCCUACCCAAAUUAUUCCGAAUGGUUUUGGUACAAUGCCUGUGACUGGCAAUGGUGGUAAUGCCCCUGUUCCAGAAGCUGGGCAAUGGGCCACCACACAGCAUCAACAACCUUCUUUAACCCCUGCACAGUCCACCUCUCAACAAUAUUCAGCCCCUGGAAAUCAUCUAUGGAAUUCUUCACUACCCCCUAAUGUGCAAGCAGCUCUGAAUACAACUCCUGGCGGCGGAACAAUUCCAGGUCCUGGAUCUUCACAAUCUUCAACAGCUACUGGAAUGAAAGAAUUACCGCAGGAUCUGUUUACCGCAACAUAUCCUUAUUUCCCUACAAUGGUUCCAGGGUGGCAAACAGGUCCACCCCGUGGUAUGAUGUACCCUAUGCAGUAUUCUAAUGUGCCAGCUCCUAUGCAUAUGCUAAUGUGCCAUCCCCUAUGCAAUAUGCUAAUGUGCCAUCCCCUAUGCAAUAUAAUAGUGCUGCUGCGCUUAUGCCCACAUUCAUCCAGCAACCCUCAAAAUCGUUAAAUCCAUUUGAUGCAAAUGAGCCAACACCAGCUCAGGCCCAACCUUUUCCUAAUAUGUCAUCGUUGCAAAGUGCUUUACCAAAUAUGGCGGCACAUUCAGGAAUACAGCGGGCUUCAAGUCUUGAUAACUCCGCACCACCAGCAUGGAUGCCAAACCAGUCAUCACCUUAUCAAUCGGGAUUGCAUCCCCAGUUACAAUCUUACUCAACUACAGCGCCUCCAAGGCCAACUACAUCUCAAGUGCCGAGUCACUCGUCUGGGCAUCAAGGAAUAGCAGGUUUCGGCAGCAAUGAUGGUGGUGCGGCGUUUGGUGCCUUAAAUUUGGACCAACAUCUGGCUGGCGGAUUCUCGGCUCCUGCUACCACAUUGCAGCCAUUCCCUUCUGCAGGAGGCAACCCUUUCGGAUGAAGAGUGAUAAAACCGAAACAGGAAUAAUAUUUCCUUCAGCUUGGUUUCGGCAAUUGCAUCAACUUGUUGCUAAUUGCCAAAUUGCUGCUGUGUUAGAAAGUUUCGCCCUUCUUUCCUCGUCGUGAUCCAGGCAAAUUGUGAAGUGCUGGUCUUUCCCUGGGCGAUAGGGCGAACUGUCCAAGGGAAGAAAACCAGCAGCCGAAGUUGAAAUAGGUAAUGUGAAAUUUUAUAGAUCAUCUUAAUCGUGAUUUAGGGUUUCUCUUUUCUUAAUUCGAUGGUGAUUUUGCAUUGUUGUAAUAUUAUUGUUCAUCACGGGGUGAAAUGUGUGCUGCAUUGUUCCCCGUGGAAACUGUACCAUUUUUCUUGUGUUAUCUUCUUCUUUCACUCAGCCAUUUUCUGUUAAAAUUCUUUGUAGGGGUUGGUUAGGGUUCUAUUUUUCUUUUCGUUUUUUUUUUCUGCGGCAAGCUGUUUCGAGUCUGUGAAAUAUAAUGUAUGGGAAUGGCAUUUGGUCUCACUGCCUACAGCAAAGUUUGUGUAAUUGCAUAUAUGCAUGGUUGUCAUGCC